AUGCGUCUCGACUAUGUACCCAACCCUCCAACAAACCUCUCCCCAGAGGACCAAGAGGUGCUGGAGCGGGUCAAAGCACGCCGGGGUGCCAUGGGCCUGAUUUCGCUGGAUUUAACUCUUUUGCAUGCUCCCAAGAUCGCAGAUGGGUGGAACGCCCUCCUCGGCGCGGUGCGGACAAAGAACUCCCUGCCAGACGACAUCCGCGAGAUCGCCAUCUGCCGUCCUGCCUUGAUCAACCGUGCCUGGUUCGAAUGGAAUGCUCAUGCCCCAAUCCUCUCGAAAUCUCCUGGCUUUUCGGAAGAGAAAUUGUCGGUGGUGAAACAGCUGCACCCGACCUCCAAGGGAGCGCUCGAUGACCGUCAAUGGGCCGUCUUGAGAUAUGCGGACGCCAUGACUCGAGAGGUCACUGUCCCCCAGAGCCUGUUUGACGAAGUCAAGGCCGCAGGUUUUAGUAACCAGGAGAUAGUUGAGAUUACGGCUACGGUUGCGAGUUACAACAUGGUCAGCCGGUUUUUGGUGGCACUGGAUAUUGGUGAGGCCAACGACAAGGCUCCAGAAGGGCUCAAAUAG